AUGUUAAAAAACGAUCUUUUGAUGGAGGGAAUCACUAUAGUGAUAGUAAGUAUAUUAUUUUUCAUGAUUGGUUUGUUUUGGAAGUGUGGGAAUGGAGAAUUUGGAAGAAUUGGAAAGAAUGCAAGAUAGAGAUAAGAAAAAUGCUCAUAUUCAGAUAUUUUAACAGAUUCAGAAUUCAACACUUUAUUAGAUGAAACCAAUUAUAUUGAAUGA